CGGCGCACAGGCCUGCAUCAUAAUCACCCGGGCAAAGAGGGGUAUCCCUCCCUCUCAGCCCAAGUAGUAAUUGGGUUGAGCAACUCACUGCGGCGCAAACUCUUAUAUGAUCACCUCUCUAUCUAGAUUAUUUCCUUCUUCGCUGUACUCCUGCCCAGCUUGAAUAUCAUUUCGUCAUUGUUAGAUCAAUAGCGUUUUCGUGAAAACUCCGCCACAAAGACACCACUCACGGUCGACAUGGAGUCCUCAUCACCGUAUAGAUCAGGGUGGCUUAAGGAAGGGUUGCUGCCGGCAGGCGCUUACAACAACCUCCCGUUUAUUGACGAUGUGCACCUCACAGCCGAGCAUGAAAUCGCCAAGCAGCAAUUGCUGCAGAUGAUUCUCGAGCACAACGUUGGCCAUCUGUUCACCAUCCGCAUUAUUCACAAACAUUACGAUGUCCCACAAAACAAAGUAAUGGUCCACGAGACUGUCUAUGGCCCACCAAGCUCAGUUGCCAUGAUUCUUACCUCCAAAUCCCCUUAUCAGCGCAAACACCCGCUCCGCGGAAAGAACUUCAUGGCUGAGCCGGAUGGUACAUUCCAAGCCUACGAGUACACGGUCGAUCCCAUCCAGGACGUUUCAAAACAACAAGUUGCUUUCCUCGAGUGUAUCAGUAGAGAGAUCUUACGACUAGGAGUCGAACAGGUGUUCGCCCUCACGGUGCUCGGGACUAAUUUCUUUGAGGAAUUCGUCGAGUUUGAAGUGCCACAGCUUCAGGCAACAAUUGCGCUCCGACCCUCGAUCUGGCUGCCGCAGUACAAGAAAACCAUCCAGACACAAUGGAUCCCUACGUAUGACUCGAGUUCUACUGGCAAGGGCGGCCACUGCGUAAAUCAAGCAGGCACGCAUACCGCAGUAGGGUAUGAGGGUCCGCUACAGGACUUAUCAAACAUCCAUAUUGCUGGAACAACACUUGCACCAGGAACGGAGGCCUUCGAGAUUCUUCGUAAUGCCAUGCAGGCAAUUGCGGUGACUAGCGCUGGCUGAUGAAGCAGGACGUUACACCGUUGCAGAUUUCAUCCUAUUUCUCUUUUUCCUGCUCUUGAUCUUUUUUACCUUCUCUCUUACUAUGUUGAAGCUUGGCCAGAUAACUAUUGUCUAUCGGUUCCAUGACUAAUUUGUAUACCAUUAAGCUUG